UAAACGAAAAUGGAAGAAGUUAAGUUAUUAGGAGUUUGGCCGAGCCCAUACAGUUACAGGGUGAUAUGGGCUCUGGAACUCAAGGGUGUGAAGUACGAAUAUUUGAAAGAGGAUUUAGCUAAUAAGAGUGAUUUGCUUUUACGAUAUAACCCAGUUCAUCAGAAGGUCCCUGUGCUCGUUCACAAUGAGAAACCAAUUGCAGAGUCCACUGUCAUACUUGAAUAUAUUGAGGAGACAUGGCCACAUAACCCCCUGCUUCCUACUGACCCUCAUGAGAGGGCCUUAGCAAGGUUCUGGAUCAAGUUUCUAGACGACAAGAGCCCCAUGCUCUUGCGGUUCUAUUUAACUGUUGGAGAAGAACAAGAGAAGGCAACAAAAGAAGUAAGAGAACUGCUGAAAGUCAUUGAAGAGCAAGGGCUUGGGGAGAAGAAAUAUUUUGGUGGCGACAAAAUUGGAUUGGCUGACUUAGUGUUUGGAUUUAUACCAGUUUGGCUGAGAGUACUUGAAGAAUCAGCUGGUGUCAAAGUUAUGAAACCUGAUGACUUCCCUCGCUUGCAAGUAUGGAUUGAGAAUUUUAGGGAAAACCCCGUAAUCAAGGCCAACCUUCCUGAUCCCAAUGAACUAUUGGCCCAUUCCAAGCAGAAAAGGGAGGUCCUUUUGGCAUCAAAAAUUGCAUAACUAUCUCUCUAAUGCAGUCUUAAUAAUAUAUUAUUACUUCGUCAUGCCUUGCAAUAAUUAUUUUCAACUUAACGUAGGCAACAUGGGCAUUAAAAUUUUGUAUUUUUCUUUCAUGAAAUAAUAUUUUGUCUGUGUCAAAUACCAAAUUAGUUAGAAUACAAUAAAGAUUAGAGAAUGAAGUAGAUAGUUUCAUUAUUUGUUUGUCAUCAUUAUUUC